GAAAACCGAGUCUGAGCAAGUUCGCGCGAAUUGACGAGGAAAACAGAGAAAGGAAGAUGGAGAAGCAGAACGAAGAAGAAGAAGAGCAAAAGAAGAAGAAGAAGAGUUCGGUGGUGAUAAGAAUACCUUCUUAUCCGGAAGUGGUUGAAAGUUCGCAGGCGAAAUCCACUCCUUCGUCUCUCUUCGUUCCCUCCCAAACCUUUUCCGAAGCUUUCGCCUUCGUCAAAUCCUCCGACUUCUACUCUCCUCCUCCGAAAUCGAGGGAAACUGGUCAAUCGGACGCUCCAUCUUCAACAUCGACACCAUCUCCCGCUACUGCUGAAGCUUCGUCAACAAUACCUUCCUCUCAAAAUCGCAAUUCAAUUCUUGUCAGCCACAGACAGUGUAUUAUUUUGCAGAAGGGAAAUCCCUUGCUAAAACACAUUAGGAACGUUAGAUGGGCAUUUGCUGAUGUUGUUUGUGACUACAUGCUUGGCCAAAGCUCCUGUGCUCUCUAUCUCAGUCUUCGGUAUCAUCUUCUGCAUCCAGACUACUUGUACUAUAGAAUAAGGGAGUUGCAGAAGAAUUUCAAGCUUCGUGUGGUUUUAUGCCAUGUUGAUGUGGAAGAUGUAAUAAAGCCUCUUCUUGAAGUUACAAAAACAGCUAUGCUUCAUGACUGUACACUCCUUUGUGGAUGGAGCCUGGAGGAAUGUGGCCGUUACUUGGAGACCAUAAAAGUCUAUGAAAACAAGCCUGCAGACAUUAUUCAAGGCCAAAUGGAUACAGAUUAUCUAUCACGGCUUACUCAUUCCCUUACAACUGUCCGACAUGUUAACAAGACUGAUGUAGUCACCCUUGGUACCACAUUUGGGUCUCUUUCUAACAUUAUGGGUGCAUCUAUGGAAGAUCUUGCUCGUUGCCCUGGCAUAGGAGAGCGCAAGGUCAAGCGCUUGUUUGACACUUUUCAUGAACCCUUCAAGCGUGUGGAAUCCAGCCGGCAAGCCAUUCCAGAGACUUCUGUCCAGAACAAGCCAGCUAGUCCAGAGUCAUCGAUCAGGAACAAAGCUGAAUCUUCCUCCUUGAUUGAAGACAAGCAAGAGGAUACAGAAGAUGUGAGCAAACGUAGGAAGAAAGAACCCGAAGUUACUGUCAAAUCUGCCCUUUCUGCAGCUUUUGCCAAAUAUUCUGGUAGAGUUGGGAAGAGGAAAAGCACUUCACAAGUGGAGGAAAAAGAAGAAUCAAUUAUUUCCAAAGAAUCAGAAGCUGAAACAUAAAAUUACCAUGAAGUUUUUCACUGGUUCAAUAAUUUACCCUUAAACAAUAUAACCUCAUGAGAUUAUUUAAUCUCUAUGCUUGUAAAGCCAUGGAACUCUAUUGGGAGUGUAAACGGGAAACAUCUGUAACAAAUGAAGAGGUAGUUAGGAGGCUUUAAUCAAAUGGGAAAGGAAGAGAAAGGAGAGGGGUGGGGUCAUGUGGGUAAUUGGGUAUAACAACAAAUUGAUGGAAGAUUAGAUUUUCGGUUGUUGAGAAUUGAGAUAAGUUGGGAGGGAGAGUUAGGACCUUUGCAAUUCUUGAUUUGAGUGAUAUUCUCAUCUUUGUACAUUCUGUCUACCUCGUUUUCUUGAUUCUGAAACCUCAUUGCGAUUUUUUGUUUAAUGUUUCUAUUAGUUCUAGCCUA